AUGUCGGAGGAGGUGCAAGAUGUUGGUAUUCUUCGUCUGCCUUCAGAGAUUCAAUCAGGAAUCUUGGUGCACUUGGACACCCCAGAUUUACUUCAGUUGUCCGUCGUUUCAAAGCAUUUCCGCGACCUAGCCGCCGAAGAGCUAUAUCGAACCUUUCAUAUUGUCUUUCCAGAUCUCGAUGACCAAGAUGAAUCAAUCAUCGAUAGUCUUGCAUCCGGGUUGGACACAUUCGUUACGAGCGACUAUGAUUAUUCGAAAUAUCUGAGACAUAUUAUUUUGGAACCUUUGAAUGGGAGUUUGAAGGGGCAACUAUCAUAUCGUUCUUAUCUAUAUGAUACUAGUUGUGGAAAAUUCAUGAACACGCUCCUCCUCUUGACUUUACGGAAAGCUAAAGCUCUUGAGGCAUUCAAGUGGGACCUUCGUGUGCAGUUGAGUGGCCAGGUAUUUAAAGAAUUACACCGUAUAAGCUCUCUACAACAUUUACAUGUUCGAAUGCCAGCUGUACAGCCCUCCGUCACCAAUGCGAAUCCAUCUUUGACCUACAACGUUUCAACGCCUAUUGUCAUUCCAGUUUUUCAAACAACCCAAACUGACUCUGCAGUUUAUGAUAUUACAUCCCAUCCAUACUCAUCUUUCACUGCGAAUAAAUCUAAACAAAAUGGUGGAAAAGGUCAUACUUCAAUUGUGAAUGGGAAAUCUCCAACAUUUUCAGGCUUUAAAAACUUGCAAAGUCUGACAAUUCUUGAUAUGGACAACUUGGACGAUCUAUCUGAAAUUGGGGAAUGUUUACGGAACUCAUCAACAACUCUCAAUUCCCUCAAGUUGUCAUUCUCAGAAGUCUUUGCUUCUAGAUCUAAGAAACCACCUGUGUCAGUUCCUGCCGAAGAUGACGAUGAAACUGAAACCGAGGAUGAAUUUGGUCAAUUAACAUCACUUCCUAAUCCCUUUUCGGUGGCAUCCGAUCCAUUGAAAGGAACUACGGUCACAGAGGAAAAAAAAGCACAGGAAGCUGCGUUGGGAAAGAUGUUUAGUAUCGAUUCCAAUUCAAAAGGCAAUACGGAAACGGGUCAAAAGGAAGAUGAUUCAGAGAUUGAAGUUGAGGGAAAGAAGGAAAAGUCUGCUUCUUUGGCUGCCUUUGUAAAAUUGAUGCAAAAAUCGGCAAAACUCAUUGCUGAAUUCGCAAUUUCCGACGCGGAAAGGGAACGACUUGUCGAGAAAUUGAUCAAGAAGAGUACACAGGCUUACAUUGACGGCUUGAAAAAUGGGGUUGAAUCUUCUGAUAAAUCGGGGGCUAGUAAUGUGGAAGGCAACAACGCGGAGAGUAGCAACACACCGGCCGUUACUACAAAUGAAAAUGUUGAAAAGGAUGCCAAUGUGGAGAGUACUGAUUCAUCAGCUACGACGACUCCUGGAGAGGAAGAAGCUACAGAUGAUACCGAAUCUGAUGAUCAACCUAGUCUAUUUGACGAAUCUAGAACGCCAACACAAGCACCUAAAUCCAAAGAGAUUAUAGAUCCAGACGAUAUCGAUAUAGAAGAGCCUGAAUCAAAAGAGCUUACGAUAGAUUCCGAGACCGCUGAGGAUGUUGCUACUGAGCCCGAGACGAAUUCCGAAUUGGGAGAUGAUUCUGCUGAGAAAGUUGAACAAUCUCUCAAAGCAGUCGAGACAAGUAGCAAAAAAGAGGGAAAGGAGAUUGAGGCUCCUGCUGUCAAUUUCGACAAGGAGAUGAAAGAUUACGUUCGGAAAAGUCGUGGUCUUGCCCUCGAAGAUUUGUCACUCUACAACAUACCCAUGAAAAAUUCCGUCAUCUCAAAAGCCAUUGACAUUAGAGUUUUGAAAAGCAUCACUCUACUAAGUGUUGGAUCUCAAACAGCGUUUUGGCAUAUGGUAGCACGCGAGAAUAAAGUCGCUCCUCUCCCACUUCAUGUGAUUUACACCGAUACUGUCACCGUACAUUUCCUCGAAGCUGCUGGUCAACUUUCCAAAAUAACCGAACUUUGUUUGCUCGAACGAUCUAACAGAACUAAAGUCGAUACUGAGUCUAAAAUUAUAGUAACGAUUGAACAAAUCAGAAAAUUGGUUCUUAGGAAACAUGCUUCACAUUUAAAGGUUUUGUCGUUGCAUCAGGAGGGGAUCCCUCGUCAACAGAGUCCUUUUGCGUGGGAUUUGGAUGCUAAGACGACGAUUUUACUUUGUAGGAAGGGGAAGAACUUGGAAGAAUUGGCGGCCUCUUUUGAUGUCAAUAUUUUGCACAUAAUCAAUCAAAACCUUUCUGCACUCCCAUCCCUUCGCGCUCUUCACGCAAUUGAAUUCCGCUCAGAAGAUACAUGUAUGUUAGUUCGAAACGAACUACGAAAAUUCACCAUGGAUAGCGUGGCUCAUAACCCAGAGUGUAAACUGGAGUAUCUGGCUUUCAAAGGAAGCGUGAGUAAGAUUGAGAGAAUCAAGAAGAAGGCGAAGCGAGAGAUACUGAGCUUUGUGGAAAUGUAUAAACAGGGUUUGAAGGGGUUGGGGGUGGGGAGUGAUAGCGAAAGUGAUAGUGAGAGUGAGAGGCUGUUUUUGGGUGGUGAUGGUUUGUGUAGAGGAUUGAAGGUGCAGAGUUUGGAUGGUUUGAUGUUUCAUGAUAUUCCCGGGGUGAGGAUCUUUGAGAAGGAUGUUCUUUGGAAGAGACUUUAG